UAUAGAAUCAAUAUUACAAAUAUUAAUAAAAUGUCUGAAGAGCGAUAUGCAGAGCCAAUCUCUGACAACUUCUUCAAAUCACAGUCUUUAAAUUCUAGGAAUCCAGGAGAUAAUCCUUCUAAAAUAGCAUUCAAAGGAGCUGAAGCCCAAGAAGAUGAUGCAGCAGCUAUGGCGAAAGACACAGGCCUCCUCUGGAUUUACGAUGGGGCUUCCCCCGUCGGAGAAAAGCAAGAUAUUUUUACUUCCCCAGCUGAUGGAAGCUUCUCACAAGCACAAUACUCCACAUUCCAGAGUAACAACUAUAACGAGUCGGAUCCUGGGAUAGGAGAUAUGGGAUUUUCUCAGCACAAAGGACAUAAUUUUUCUUCAAAUUCUUUGCAGAACUACAACAACAUCACAACUUUAAAAGCUCCGCCUCCAAGAUACCACGGAGCUUCAUCACAAGUAGUAAACUGAAUCCCUCCACUCGAGGAAGGUAGCUAUAUAAAGAGAUGCACACACUUUGAUUUUGAAAUCAACAAGGACUUUACUUUGACUCAGAUCCCACUAAAUUGCUUCACUGACUUGGAUACUGAAGAACUAGUCUACUACCAAUCAUUGGCGGACCAAGUUGCAUUAAAUAAUUAUAACUGUCACACAUACUUCAGGUGUGUGCUGUAUUUCCCACCAAGCCAUCCUCGAGCCAUUCCCUCAGUGAAGACCUACCACGGGUAUGUCAACCUCUUCGAGCUGAAUAAAUUAAAUGGGACUAAUAUUUCAUUAUCUCUCACAGGAGAUGAUAGGUCAAGAAUGAUCAUCAAUUGAAAUUUCGUAAAUGAUUACCAGUACCAAUGCUACCUUCUCAACAAUCUGACGAUGAAUGUAAAGUUUCCUGCUCCAAAACCUAAAGUUCCAGUUCAGAGGAAUAGUUUUAUGGCACUUUCCAGGCUCCAGAAAGCACCUCCAGGGUUUGAAAAUACUCAACCAGGAAAUCCUCGUUCCAAAUUUUCUGGAUUUGCGAUGAACCAGAGCAAGCAUCAUGAUUUUUCCAGAAGAAAUUCACCUCCUAGCCAGGAACUGGAGCAGCCAGUUUACAAAAGACCUCAUGCUAAGAGGUCUCACCAAAACGUUGUGAAACCCUUAGUCACUGGGCUCGAUACAAAAUCCGAUUUUUAUUUAUACAAAGAUCUUAACAAGGAGAAACUUAGUAGCGAUUCCCUCUCUGACGACAUCAAGCAUGACUACAUAAAGGAGGUUGAGAAUGACGACACCGAGGAAGAGAAGUACUCUACUACCUCAAGCACUAGACCCAAGUUACGGAUGUCCAGCGACAAUCUUAAAGUAAACCAUAAAUUAUCAUCUAACUCAUUUGGGUCAGGUUCCUCUGUCGGGCAGACACACGAGGGCAAGCUACCCAUGACUCUUCCUGACUCAGAGAAACCAGUGGAGGCUAUCUACGAAUACAAAGGACAGAUAUCUAACCUAGCAAUGACCCAACAAGGGUCUAAAUAUUUACAAAGAGUCUUAACACAUGCUGCUCCUGAAAUGGUUGAAUUUAUCUUCCAAGAGGUACUUGACAAAUUGUCAGCUCUUAUGCCAGACCAGUACGGUAACUACUUCAGUCAGAAGUUGUUCCAGAGCUGUUCGCCUCACCAGAGGCUUGAAAUCCUCAAGAGCAUUUCUCAUGACAUUCACAGAAUAUCUUGUAGUAAGAGUGGGACUCAUUCAAUGCAGAACCUCAUAGAUAUGAUCAACAUGGAGGAAGAGUACCAAAUUCUGGAGAAGGCAUUAGAAGGCCACAUCCUCCAGAUGGCAUGAGACCCCAAUGGAACCCAUGUGCUCCAAAAGUUAGUAUGUCUUGAAGGAGUGACUUCCAAAAUCAUCGACAAUAUUUAUGAAGUCUGCAAAGAUUCCAAAGGUCUUUCUGUAGUAAAAUAAAAUCAUUGCUUACCAUGAUACUGAAGAGAAAAUCAAAUAUUCUCAGAUGCUAUCGGAGGUGACCUCAUUAGAAUCUGCUAAGGUAAAGGCAGAUGCAGGUCCUCGUCCCCCUACUAGAACUACUAAAGAAGAACCUGAACAUCCUGUGUUUGAACAAAUACCUAACUCUGGUCAUAGAAAAAUGUAAGGAGAAACCUGGAAGUGAACUUGCCGACCAUUAUUUUCGAUAAUUUCACCCAUGAGUACUUCUUCACAAGUAGUAAGUCGCCAUUGCAUCCCCUGCAGGCGAAUUUUCUUACCUAUAACUUUGAAAUUUCUGAUUAAACAUUU